AUGGUGGACGAGGUGAAUGCCAUAAUGAAGACCCCUUGCUUCGCGGCUACGCUGCUGCACGGCUUCGCGGCUGCACAGCUGCUCGGCUGCGGGAAAAGGGGAACGGGGGUAGAAGUGCAGAUGCGGGGCGACGGGCGGCGGCCCGACGAGAAGUUGCGGGGCGACGGGCGGCGGCCCGACGAGAAGCUGCGGGGCGACGGGCGGCGGCCCGACGAGAAGCUGCGGGGCGACGGGCGGCGGCCCGACGAGAAGCUGCGGGGCGACGGGCGGCGGCCCGACGAGAAGCUGCGGGGCGACGGGCGGCGGCCCGACGAGAAGCUGCGGGGCGACGGGCGGCGGCCCGACGAGAAGCUGCGGGGCGACGGGCGGCGGCCCGACGAGAAGAGGUGA